AGACGUGGUGUAGCUGUGGGCUUGCUCUGCUGUUCGCUAGGCUUGGUGGGAAGACCUGUUCUCGAGUCCGCGCCUUUCGUCGCCGCCAUGUCGGGAGGUGGUGUGAUUCGUGGGCCGGCAGGGAACAACGACUGCCGCAUCUACGUGGGGAACUUACCUCCAGACAUCCGAACCAAGGACAUUGAGGACGUGUUCUACAAAUACGGUGCUAUCCGCGACAUCGAUCUGAAGAACCGCCGCGGAGGACCGCCCUUCGCCUUCGUUGAGUUCGAGGACCCGCGGGACGCGGAAGACGCGGUGUACGGUCGCGACGGCUAUGAUUACGAUGGAUACCGUCUGCGGGUGGAGUUUCCUCGAAGCGGCCGUGGUACAGGCCGAGGCGGCGGCGGGGGUGGAGGUGGCGGGGCUCCCCGAGGCCGCUAUGGCCCCCCGUCCAGGCGUUCUGAAAACCGAGUGGUUGUCUCUGGACUGCCUCCAAGUGGAAGCUGGCAGGAUUUGAAGGAUCACAUGCGUGAAGCAGGUGAUGUAUGUUAUGCUGAUGUUUACCGAGACGGCACUGGUGUCGUGGAGUUUGUACGGAAAGAAGAUAUGACCUAUGCGGUGCGAAAACUGGAUAACACUAAGUUUAGAUCUCAUGAGUUCUGUCUAUCCAAUAGGGAGAAACUGCCUACAUCCGGGUUAAAGUUGAUGGGCCCAGAAGUCCAAGUUACGGAAGAUCUCGGUCUCGAAGCCGUAGUCGUAGCAGGAGCCGUAGCAGAAGCAACAGCAGGAGUCGCAGUUACUCCCCGAGGAGAAGCCGAGGAUCGCCACGCUAUUCUCCCCGUCACAGCAGAUCUCGCUCUCGCACAUAAGAGGACGGGUGACGCUUUUUGUAGAACCCACGUUGUAUACAGUUUUCCUUUAUUCAGUACAAUCUUUUCAUUUUUUAAUUCAAACCGUUUUGUUCAGAAUGGGCUGAAGUGUUGAAUUGCGUUCUUGUGUAACACCCCCUUGCUCCUAACAUCCACAUUGCCCUCGUGUCUGAGAAACUGUACUUUAAGUGAUGUCACAGACAGGAUUGUUUAAAUUUAGUUAACUCUCCAUGCUCUUCAGACCGUGAUACUAUGUAAAUGUCUCUUCUGCUCUGGUGUGUGUGAACUGGGUUGUUGGGGGUGUUUGUGGUUAUCUUACCUGGGGAAGUUCUUAUGUUUAUCUUGCUUUUCAUGUGUCUUUCUGUAGACAUAUCUGAAGAGAUGGAUUAAGAAUGCUUUGGAUUAAGGAUUGUGGAGCACAUUUCAAUCAUUUUAGGAUUGUCAAAAGGAGGAUUGAGGAGGAUCAGAUCAAUAAUGGAGGCAAUGGUAUGACUCCAAGUGCUAUUGUCACAGAUGAAAUUGGCAGUAUUGACCUUAUACUAAAAGGCAAGGGUUCAAAAUGAUGAUCUACCUUAAAACACUUGCAAACAUCUUAUGCAGUUACCUUUAGCUACAAUUGCUUUGCUCUUUAAACCUUGGCAAUUGUGGCAAAAUUACGUUGCCCGUUUCGUAACAAUUUAUUUUGCUCCCUGCCCUUUUUUGUUUUAAUAGGGACUAAUGUGGGAAGAACUGGCUAAUUUGUCACAAUGCUUAGUUACAACUGUUAAUGUGUGACCUGCUGUUGGUGUACAUGUGGGUACAGGGUGUCUUUAAUUCCAACCGGAUAGAGUAUAAUAUCAAUACUGCUAAAUCUGCAUGUCCUCUGUGUGACUGAUAUAGCGUUGCUACUUCAUUUUUUUUAAGACAAAAUGAAAGCAAAAUAUAGAGUUCCAACGUAUUGGUGUAGAUAAUCUAGUUGGGAAUACUUUUAAGUCUCACCUUCCCCUUUAAACUAAUAUUCAUAAUUGACUCAUAUGUUUAAAACACUUUAAUUUACAAAUUAAAUUACAGAUGGGAGCAUUAGAUUUAGUUUAGACUUAGGUGGGUAGCAAUACCAGUAAACUUCUCAACUACAUAACUUUUUGCAACCACAAAACCUGUAAUACGCUGUACAGUAACAAGUGUUGGCAUUAUCAGUUGAACUGUAAAUAUAAAAUGCUUCUUCCAA